UUUCCGGGUAUCGUUUUCGACGACUGUACUGUAGUACUGGACGUAUUGUAAAAUGUCUGUACAAUACUUUAUGUAAAAAUUCACAGCUCAAAUUUAGUAUUUACACCUCGGGCUAGCAGACGAAGCUCACGCCCAUAAGAACACACACAUUGGGAGUCGAUUGGCAUGGCCCAUCGGCAGCAGCUUCCCGUCAUCUCGGAGUCCACGGCUUUUCGGCUGUUCAACAGUGUAUUGGGCGACAGGAGGACGACGACAGCCCCCGAUAUGUCUGCCACCGAUGCCGGCUCCAGCAGCCAGAGAGCUAAUGAUUAUGCUGCAGAUGGUGUCGUGCCCAGAGGUGCACCGCACCUGCCUGUGUCAGGGGCGCGCUCGCAAUCGCGUUCGUCCUCGCGGGAGAGCGUGGACUCAGCCAACGAGUACGGAAAUUCAUGCCGCAUCUGCCGCUGGAACCGAAGUGACAUGGAGAUCAUUAACUGUCCGUGCAAGUGUAAGGGCAGUGUGGGCUACAUACACCUGAAGUGCCUGCGGCGGUGGAUCGUCCACCGCCAUGAUAAUCGAUGCGAGAUCUGCAACGCUGUCUUCGACCUAUCCGAGGAACGGGUGAGCAUCAAAAGGAUGAUGCGCACUUUCUGGUGUGGCCGCUGUUGCGGCCUCAUCGUGAAGCACGUGUUGUUCAGUGUCUCGCUUAUGCCGUUGGGACACAUCAUCUUGCAGCAGGUGCUACAGUGCAUGGAGACCUUAAACCAGGGCAGCGCCGACCAGCUCACCGUCCAGGAGGUAUUCAUCGCCUCCUGUGCUCUGCUCACCUCCAGCGCCCUCUUUUUCCACUUCUUUGAGUUCGUGACGACGCGUUGCCUGCUCAUCCGCAACAUUCUGCGCCACUGGUGGAUGUUUGGUAGCACCAGCGACUAUUCUCUGGUCGAGAUCGAGGACGAUGCCGUGGAACUGUUCUAAGAAUAGCUUUUGACAAUAGAAACGCAAAUUCGAAAUUUAAUACUGAUAAUUAAAAUCUCGUCACAGAA